AUGUAUGGGUAUGUUUUUGAGGAUUUGGAAGGAAGCGGUUGCGGCGUACAGUACUUAAAAAAGGUAUCACAGAAGCAGUUAUUUCACGCGUACGUGUCUUGGCUUAUUAUCACAGAGAAGAAAAUCCCCGCUGUAGACUCCAGCUACAGUAUUGAAGAAAGGCUGAGAUAUUUCAAUAUCGGUAUCGACACGGAUUUAGUAAUUGCGACAAAGAUUAAUGUCUCUGAUAUCUCUGAUAGUGACGGCCGGAGCUGGACCCACGGUUGGGGUGACAAGGCUGAUGCAACCAAUGAUGAUAGAGAUGGGACAUACAGAGUUCGGAAGACAGACAACCCUGUCAAUGAUGAAAAGUUGAAUAGUGUACGAAGUUAUUGUAUCAAUGAGAAUGAGAAGUAUCAUGAAAGAAUUCGGAUACAGAAAGAAGAAAAACGAAGAAGAAACAAUAGAAAAUACAACAAUAAAAACAAUAGAAAUGAUAAGACUAGUGAGAUAGGAAAUUGCGUAGAGAAUUCUAAUAGAAGAGAAUAUUAUGGACUAGAAUUUUCGUUGCUUCAAGUAUACAAAAUCCGCCCAAAUUCCAACAAUUCACUGAUCAUGAUUUCAUUAGGAUCGUGGAAUGCAAUAAAUGGAACUUUGAAUAUGGUGUCUUCAAACGGCAUCGAACAGCGAAACGACUUUCGUGGUUUUCCACUCUUCGUGGGUGUAAAAAAUACCACUCAAAAUACAGGAGAGGUUGUAGGCGGUUCUAUUAAAAGCAUAUCAUUGCCAGCACAGAAUUCAGACGAUGAGAUUGAAUAUGACACUCACUUGAUGGAAGUUUUGGACUUAAUCACCAGAUCACUAAAUGCGAGUUAUGAAUUGAUUCCUUUCUCAAAGCUAGGAUGGAAAAAUGAUCAAGGAGCUUGGCUGUUCAUGUUGGGUGCAGUGACUGUGGGAACUGUUGAUCUGGGUCUGGAUAACGUUGUUAUCACCCCAGACCGGUACAGAGAUAUGUUCUUCACUCUUCCCAUCGUUCAAUCCAUGAGAAACAUUUAUUUUCGUCGGCCAGAGACUGGUGCCAUGCGUGACAUAUUUUUGGCCCCUUUCAGCCCUCGUUUGUUAGCUAGUGUGGUAGCUACUGGUGUGGUAAUUGCCACUGCCAUGUUUCUGGUCAAUGCCUCAACAGCUAAAACAAACAGAAGAAAUGAAUCUAACAGUAACAGCAAGAGUUCCAAAACAAAAUGGAUUCUUGGUGAAGCAAUGGUGUGGAGUGUUAGUGUUCUAUGCAUGCAAGGUAGUUCAUGGAGUCCAAAAUCUCCUUCAGGGUGCCUAGUGCUUAUCUUCAGCCUGUGCUUUGCUCUUGUGAUUUACAAUGCUUAUGCUGCCUUUAUCACGUCUGUUUUGUCAGUUCGUGUUGGUUCUAUCAGAGGUCUGGGAGACCUCCUGGAAAGCGAUUUCCAUUUUGGCUACACUCGGAAAGGGCAGGAUGAGGCAUUUCUUCUGGGUUUAGUAAAUGAUUCUGCAUUACGGCAACUGUACUUGAGAGGUUUCGUCAAGAACCAUGGAGUAGAUGAAGCGUCUUCUGGUUUACUGAAAGCUUCUCACGGAGGCUACGCAUUCUUUGUAUCAGCUCGGCUAGGCAGGAAAGCACUCAAUUCCUUCAUCGCGCAAGACAAGCGCUGUGCUAUUCAGGAACUAACAGUAGAAGCCACCAAAAGUGCCAUUGCUUUACCUAUGGGUAUUGCAUCACCAUACAGAAGGCUCAUCAAUCUCAGUUUGCUACGCAUGCGAGAAGCAGGAGUUCUGGGGCCAAUACAAGAACAUAUGCUGCCACCAAUGCCACGCUGUCAAGCCUAUUCUGCAUUCAAUAGUGCAAGCCUGACAGAUGUAUAUUCAGCAUUCCUAGUGUUGGGAGGAGGAUUGGCAGCAGCGAUUUGUAUGGGUUUAUCAGAAAAAGUCUGGAAGCAUCGAGUUUCUAUUGGGCAUUGGUUAGCUAUUAAGUGGGCUGGUAGGGAUAAGGUUGAAUCCAUAAGUGAUCAGCAGAGGCUUCAAGUACACAGACAGAUGCACCAAAGAUCUAGAUUUCAGCAUGAUAUUCAAUGGUUUAAUUAAGCAUCUGAUAGAUUAACAUAGCAAUAGUUCCAUUUGUAAAUUACUUUCUAAGUUUUGCAAUCUUCACUGUGUUUUCAGUAAAAAACAUUAUAAAUGGAGUCAUGAAAUUUCUAGGGCAACAGAGAAUAACAGAAUUCUUAUGAUGAGUUAAUUUUCUUAUCCUGCAAAAACAAUUCCCAUUAAUAUGUUUAUGAGAAUAUCAAAAACACUGAUGUGUCUCAUUAUAGUGUACCAUAACUAUAAUUUAUAUUAUGUAACUUUAUCAUAACAUCCUAAUUAAUUAAUUAUUUAUGUUUAUCACUCAGUGAUGGGAAUAUUUUCGUUUUUCAUGGUCACAAUUGAAACCAUAUAAUGAAUAACAAUAAUUUUGAUUUGCAUAUGGUAAUAUAGCAAAAUAAACAUCAUUAAUGACUCUGCAGGAAAAAAAUAUCUUAUUCCAAGAAUAGCACAUAAUUAAAAUAUUUACUAGAAUUGCUGCCUUGAGGCAUUUCAUGUCGUAUUUUUUCAAGGCCAGUGUAAAUGGACAUUUUACACACCCUCAAAUCCUUAAUUGCUUGGUAUGGAAGAAAUAUGCUAAAUAGUAACAACAAAUUAUAAUAGCUAACAAAAUGGAAACUAAACUUUUUUGAUUUUAGUUGUAAAUAAUUUCACUAGUAGUUAUAUGUGACAGGAACUCAACAAAAUAAAACACUAAUAUAGUUAUACUUGGAAUUAAGUACGUUAAUUAUCAAAACAUGGACUCUCAUCAAGAAACUUCAUUGUUAAUGAGGUUAAUGAUUUUUAUGAACAUAUCAAUUUUCUGUUUGUAUAAAGAAUGUGGACAACGGAAAUUACAUUAUUUGCUUCUAAUUAUGUUGGGUUGGCUUCAAUUUGGCGAUAGCGCAUUUCUUUGGAAACCUUUCUGCCAAUGUUGACCAACGUGAUACGGAACAUUAACCUCCUUACUGACUGAGCUACCGAUGUCAAACUUCGAAUUUUAAGCCUGUGGCAGUAAAUAAUCAAGAUAGAAUAAACAGGAACCCAUCGCACAAAUCAAUUUGAUCAUAUUACUUAUGUGUGUUAUGAGCAUAUGUUAAUCCAACUCGCUUAUAAAUUACACAAACAAAACGCCAAAUUCUAAAAAUUCAUUACAGUAUUUGAUAGUUCCACUACUGUA